GAUAUAUACAUAUAUAUAUAUAUAUAUAUAUACAUAUAUAUAUGUGUGUGAAACGUGUUUAGUAAAUGUAUUGAGACGCGUUCAGUUUCAGGCACGUUGAGACGUGUUCUUAGGCUCUCUUUCUCUCACUCUCUCUCUUUCUCUCUCUCUCUCUUUCUCCCUUUCCUAGUUUUACACGUUUACGUUCGAGAAAUAGCAAAAUUCACGAACGCGUCUUUACCGUGAUAGGAUACCUCUCGCGCGUGCUGAAUACAGCGACGACGGCGACUUAUUCUUCCGGUUCCUUUGUCAUUCACGUACGAAUUUUCGCGCGCGCCCGUGCCCGCGCUCUUUGGUUCGCAAGCAUCCAAUUUCAUGUAAAUGUCCCGGGUGCGAAUAGUGGCUAAAACACGAAUCAGAUUCCACACGACGACGUGGAAUUAUGUGCAUGGAUGUCCAGUUUAACGAGAAGAUGGGCGACAAGAGCACCGACGAAGACGUACAGAUCAUCGAAGCAUUCAUCAACAAAGGGUAUCGUGAAUCGACACGUCACUUCCGGACAUGGACUGGCCACUGAUCGAUCGGUAUACGCGUCAAGUAUCAAUAUCAGGGUAUUGGAACACAUCUUCGGAGACGACGGCAUCGGCACGUUCGACGGGACGUCGCGCUGUCACUGCCGCGCGGUCGACCGUCCGACCGUCGUCGACAGCGGACGCGAGGCGUCGCGUCGCAUCGCAUCGCGUUGCGUCGGGUCGGGCGAGGAGCCGAGGAGGAGGUACCCGCGCGCUUUAAUCCCAGGAAUACCGAGGCCGGUUCGAGCGCGGGCCGCCGAGGACGACACUGGCGAGAGAGCGCGAGCUUGAUACCUAACUAGCGUUGUAUGUACAGUCAGUACAGUCCGCGCAGAGAGUAGAGAGUGCCGCUCGCGUACACGUAUAUAACUAUGUACGUGGUCUAGAGAUGCCGUACUAAGGAGAUGCCUAGUAUCCCCGCGGAGCCGCGGGCGGUCGACAGCAACUCGAUUGACAGCACGUCGCCGUACAGCCUGAAAUCGAGGUUUCGCACCGAAGACCGGGAACGCGCGCGCGCGCGCGCGCGAUAGCAUGGCGCUGUCCUCGUUUGAGAGUGUCGCGGUCUUUGGGACAGCUCCGGCGGUUCGCGGAGCUACGCCCGGACGACGAGUAUGUACGUAGUCGGCGGUGGAGCGAUACCGUCUACGUAUGUACAUCUACAUCCCGUUCUUCCCCUGUUUUACCCUCGAUCGUAUCGAGCGCGAUAGUGGUGGUGGCGGUGGUGGCGGCAGCGCGCUGCUGGUGCUGGUGUCUGUGUGGAGGCGGCGGCGGUGGGUUAGUAACGAUGAUGAGAAUCUUUCGCGCCACCUGGUAUAAGAGUAUCGGCGCACAAAGUGAAACGUCGUCGUCGUCGUCGUCGUCGUCCUCGUCGUCGAGGGAAAGCGUGAAAACUGCGAGAGUCGACGCGAGUACCGAUUAGAGGGAACGACUAGAGGACACGACUUUCCUGUGCUGCGGAUCAUACGGAUUGUUCACAAUUCCACCGAUACGUCAUCUUCGUCCUUCCGCUCCUCUCCCCUCUCGUCGUGUAACAUGGAUAGCGCGCGAUACCGUCGGCGGUGCGCGUAGGUGGACGGACGAAGCUGCUGCUGCUAUUGCUGCUGCUGCUGCUGUUGCUGCUGCUGCUGUUGCUGCUGUUGCUGCUGCUGCAUGUUAUAACCUCAACGGAGGGAACAUUGUGGCGUGACGGGAUCGCCUCAGCUGCACUGCGAAAUGUGAUUUCGCGCUAUUCAAUCCAAGGGUGACCCUCUCGAGCGUCGAGGAUGAGGAACGGCUUCACCGACAUACCGGUCGCGAGUGCCGACAGCAGCACGGACGCCAUAUGGCUCGAGAAGAGCAGUCCGUCGCGGAUGGCACCCGAACGAAUGUCACUGAAUUUUGAGAAAGUCGUCGUCAAGCAAGAACGUCCAGACGAUGCGGAAAUCCGUGAAUUGGCUGCCAAAAUGGUGGAAGCACACAAGGCGAAAAUGCUGGCGAACAUGCCAGCAGUACAACAACAACAACAACAACAACAACAACAACAACAGCAGAGGCAGCAGUGUCUUAUACCGCAGCCUAAUCUUCCCGGUAUUCUUGGAUAUCUGCAUAAACGACCAACUGAUGGGUCAUCCGCUCCGAAACCGCCGACCGGUGGUUUGGAAAGUAAAGUGCCGACGCCGGACGACGACAGCCAGCGGGGACGUUUCGGUUGGACGAGCUUUGACGAAUGUCACAUACCUUAUAUAUUUCGCUCCGGUGAAAAGUAUUGCGCCGUACGCAUCCUAGAAUCUAAGCUUCUCAACAAGUACCUGAGUUUUCUUCAUUCGGACAUCUACAGUUGCACAUGUAUAAGGAGUUAUUACAUUACGGAGGCUGAGAGCAAGUUAUUUAAUGAGAUUAACACCAAGCACUGCGAGAAUCAAUUCGGGAGGGACGUGUUUACGUGUAAGGACCUGGUGGUGCGUUUAUCGGACGCCAAGGAAUUUUAUACAUUUCUCGAUGUGUGUUAUACCAAACUGACCGCCGGUACCAAUCCGAACGUGACAAGCGGACGCAAAGCGGAGAAAUGUGGUUUCAUACGAAUAAACAAAGAGUCUGUAGUACCUUACACGGUAAAGGACAGUCUGCAAUAUGUGCCGCUGUUUUAUUUUGAGGGCGAGACGGAAAAUCUCAAGCUAAAAGCGGAAAAACUUGAGGGUUGGGAUUUGUCGUAUUUGAAAUUUUGCUGCAAAGUACAGGGUAUACGUAACGAACUGUUUGCGAGUGAAACGUGUUCGGUAAUUAGUUUGAGUGACAUUAAGAGUUACUUUCCACCGGGUACCGGCUUCGAGGAUUACUGGCCGACCAAAGUUAUGGACUCACAGUUAUUGGUGAACAGCAACGGAAGCGGUACCGGUGGUGGAUGGACAAAACAGCCACCUACACCGCCGGCAACUAAACCUCCCUCCGUGCAGAACGCGAACAAAGUGGCACCACCUCUAAACACGCGUACCGUACCAAUGCCUAAUAUGAUGCCACGGGGGAAUGUCGCGAGUACGGCACCGCAGAUGCCGCGAAUAGGACAGCCGAGGCCUGUAGUGACGCACCCCGCGCAUUCCUCCCCAUCGGGACUUCCCACCGGUAGAUCAAAUAUGCCGGUAGUGUCGCAACCUAUGCUGAAUACCGUUCAAGGUGUGGUUAACGGCCAUUGGUCAGGCCUCGUUGGUGGUCAACCUACCUUUCAAACGGCACUCACUCCUCAGGCCAGCAUCAUACGAGCGACUCUGAAUAAUGUGAUGCACAACCCACAGAUGACAACUGCUCCCAAAAGCUAUUCUCAACAGUCUAGAAGUAGAGGGAGCAGUAGUGGAGCAGCAGCUCAGUAUCCUGGAGUAUACUCGACAACAACUAUGCAAGGGGUUGCUCAAGUCCAACCACCACCUCUUAUACGAGCAACUGUUCACUCCAAUCAACCGAAUCUCGGUUAUCCCACCUAUGGGAAGGAUGACUGGGUGACCACGACAUAUACAACACCUACGUUAGGUGUACCUAAUGCAGUCACAGCAACUACAUAUCCACAAAUGCUUGGUUUAAGCGAACAAGUUCAAGCUUUAAUGCCAGUACCUACAUCAGCACCAAAUUUAUUACAUCCACAAAGGCAUACGCCAUCUGUGCAUAACACAUCUCAUUCGAAAUAUCCACCUCCUCUGAUACCAGUUAAUGGUAGCAGCGGCAGCGGCAACAAUAGCGGUUCCAGGGACACCCGAGGGAAGAAACCACUGAUACCAAUAUCGGAUCCACAACAUAUUACUACUUGUCAUGUACAACCAUACCAAAUACAGAAAGCAUUACUUGAAGAAAAAAUGGUACCCUGUAUUAAUUUCAAACCUUACAUCUAUAGCGAAUUACUGAUGACACUUCCUGACUUCGUUUCCAAUUUUUUUCCUGCUUGUGACAUCGAGAGUUGUAGACAAGUUCUUACAGAUGUACUACAUAUAGAAUUAUAUCAAGGAAAUAGACUGCAAAUGAAGAUGUUAAUGGAAGCAGGCAAAUGUUCUUCAUUAACAGAAGAUCUACCUUUAAUCCAUAUUAGGAGUAUAAUGAAAUAUAUGCCACAAUUCAAGUAUAUGUUCAAUAGAGGAGAUAUGGUCAUGCCUUCCCUAGCUCAUUCGUCCGAAGAGCACCCUGCCAAAAAGCGUCAACGUACCAGCUAGGAUUGGCUACAGCCUUACUGGCCUACUUAUGACUAUUAUCAUUCGGCAUUCUAAAGCCGAUAUUCUCAUGAUCGUAUUUUGGAACGCCUUUGAAAGUUAGGUGCAUCUAAAUACAAGUAUAUAACGUCGCGUAUGAUGCGCGACAAAAUUUACAUUGAUUCUGACGAAUUCAAAGUGUAAAGUGACACAGUGGUGAGAGCUAUUUCUUUCUCCAAAGUGUAUUGAAGAGGACGUGACCUGUAAAUAACAUUGAAACGUGUAAAUUUAAAAUAUGAUUGACAAUUCAGAUUUGCUUUCUACGUAGAAAGAUUUAUUUCAAUAGUCGACAUUAGAUGUCGCUUUCGAUCCAAUUUUCAUGUAAACAUCUACUCUUCUCGUACCUUGACAAUGAAUCGCCGGAUAUGCGUAAUUAUAGUGUUCUGUGGCUUGGGAAAGAUGUAAAGGGUACAUAUAUAAUUAAAUUGUAUCUUUUGUCAAAUUGUCAUUAAAAUUUUUUUGACGUGGGCCGCUGUUGAAACAAAGCGCUUUACUUGCGUGCAUCUGUCAUUUGUCAAGACAAUAACGAUAAAGGAGGGAAUUGUCGACAUGAAAAUCGAGUCGAAAGUUGCAUCUGACGUCAAUCAUUGAUUUAUUUUAUUUCUAUUUUUGAGAGAUCUGUUAUAAUGUAAAAAUGAUUAUACUGUUACACAACAAAAUAGACCUAAAAUAGAGAACGGUCUUAUUUUCAAAUUAAAUGUAUCCUAUCAUUCCACAUAUACACAUACUUUUGUCCCUCUCUUCCACACACACAUACACACACACACACACACACGCGCGCGCGCGCGCAAACAUGUGAGUGCGCAACAUACAAACAUUUCAUGUCUACCUCUUUGCACAACAGUGAAUACUAUUCUUUUAGACUUCAAUUUUGCGUGUGUUCUUAUUGUGCAUUAGUAUCUUGUGUGUAUAAAAAAGUAAAAGUUCUAUUUUAAAGAAAAUUCGGAGAAAGAAAAGGCUAUUGUCCCAUUUAUUGUAAAUGGGACAUAAUAAUGCUAUAGAGUUAUUCAGAAUGAAUAACCUAUUUUGCAUAUUAAAUGUAUAUCAAUAAAAAAAGCGAAAAAUGGAAGUAAAGCUUCUUCAAGUUCCUAGCUAUUACUAGUGCGUAUCCUGAUAACUAGCUACAAGCUAAUUUCAAAGCGUUAGAUCAUUCAUUUAUUGCUAUAAUUUUGCGUGAGUUUUUAUACCAUUUUCUUAAAACUCGUUAAAAAGCGUUAAGGUAAUUUAUUGAUGAACAGUUUUCGUUUCGAGUGUUUAAAAAAUAUAUUGUGUAUACAAGAAUGUGGUGACGUACUGAGCGAAAUAAUGGAACGGAACAUGCCUACUUAAUGUGAAAAGAUAGCAGUGAGCAAUAUCUCAUGGAGAGAGAUACAUUUGUAGGAUAUAUGAAUAAUGUACAAGAUCUGACACUGUCAUACAACUGAUAAGAAAAUAAAACUGAUCUUUUUGUAUCUUUUUUUUAAAUAUAAUUAAGAAUAAUAUUUCGCCAUAUUGCUGCUGCAUCUUUCAGACAUCGCACUUUUGUUUUAAAUAUUUCGAAAUUUCUAAAAUUUGUUACGCAAUGAUAAAAUUUAAUAAUUUUUGAGUUUGUUGAAGACAAGUAUCUCGUGAUGGGUUUAGGUGAAAAUUUAUUGUCGAGUGGAAAAGACUGCGUCUAUAUAUAAAAAUAUAAAAAGUUUGUAAAAGUGUACGACAAACAAUAUAUUUAUUAUGCCAAAUGCGUUAUACGCAUCAAGUGUGAUACCCAAUGUACGAUAAAGAAAGAAACGUUAUGAGUCCAAAAUUGAGGCGGUUUCGCUAAAAGCGAAGCUUUAUUGUGCAAUUGUAAUUGUUUCGCACCUUUAACCCAGUUCACAGAUACGUUAAAUUUAUGUACGCAUUUGAAAAUGCCCAACGCAUAUACAAAGCUGUUAAGAUAUUUAUAUGAAUAUAACACGAAAAUGCGACAAAAAAAGAACGUUCAAAUGAUGAAAAGAAAUCUGAUAUUGGAACCACGUUAAAAUAGUCUUCCACUUAUGAUUCAUAUAAAUACACACAAAUCAAAUUAUA